AUGUCGACGACGACGACCUCAGCAGCCGAGCUGGAGCGGAAUCCUGCUCCCCCGAGUAACGUAGCAUCCCGUCCCGAUGCGGCUGCGGGCGCGGCACGGCUGCCGGGCAGCGAGCCGAAUCCGAGCCCGAGCCCGGCCGCCGCAGCCGCAGCCGCAGCCGCAGAGCGGUGGAACGGGUCGCGCACAAAUGUCCAUCGCGUGGCGGCGUGUUUCCUCAGUUUCCUGGUCAUGGGGGCCAACGACUCGGCUUACGGUCCCGUCAUUCCCUACCUCGAGAAGCACUACGACCUGACAUAUACUGUCGUGUCGCUCAUCUUCCUGUCCCCCUUCGUGGGGUACGUCUGCUCGGCCAUCCUCAACAACCAUCUGCACCACAGACUCGGCCAGCGCGGCGUCGCCUUCAUCUGCGGCGGCUGCCACGCCGCUGCGUUCACCAUCACCGCGCUGCACCCGCCGUACGCCGUGCUCGUGCUGGCCUUUGUCCUCGCUGGUUUCGGCAACGGCGUGGCCGACGCCGCGUGGAAUGCCUGGAUCGGCAGCCUCGCCAACUCGAGCGAGCUGCUGGGAUUCCUGCAUGCUUUUUAUGGCGUUGGCGGCGCCGCAAGCCCUUCCAUCGCCACGACCCUCAUCGCCAAGGCCAGUCAGCCGUGGUACUCCUUCUACUACAUCAUGAUUGGCUUGGCUGCCGCCGAGAUCGUGGUCCUGGCCUCUGCCUUUUGGUCAUCCUCCGGACCGGAAUACCGCCGCAUUCACCAGGUGAGUGGAUCAAAAAAGUCCAUGGGCCUCGCCGAGGCGCUUUUCCGCAUGCCAUCCGCGCGCGUGACGUGGGUGACGGCCGCCUUUCUCUUGUGCUACGUAGGUGUCGAGGUAGCUCUUGGUGGAUGGAUCGUCGUCUUCAUGCUCCGCGUUCGGCAGGGAGAGGCCUUUUCCAGUGGCAUGUCUGCUGUCGGUUUCUGGCUAGGCAUCACUGCUGGGCGCGCCCUUCUUGGUUUCGUCACGCCCCGAGUCGGCGUCAAGUCGUCCACUGCUGUAAGUCUCGGCGCCGUGCUCCCCGUUUGCACAUAG